AUUCCUAAUAUUUAGUUGGUAAUUCCAAUUUGGAUGAAGUCAUUUCGAAACUAGAAACGCCAGCUUUCAGUCCUAUGGACCGAACAUUUCAGGAGCCAUUGCAUCAAAAUAAAAAGUUACGUUGGGAUCAUAAGGUUAAUUUGAUAGGAGAGAAAGUAAUUGACCCUUUGAUCCAUUGUUGCUCAAAAUGUUUAUUACCAAUUUUAAACUAUGGACGAAUGAUUCCUUGCAAACAUGUUUUUUGUUAUGACUGUGCCAAAAAAGCUGAAAAACUUUGCCCAAAAUGUGAAGAAAAAGUACAGAGAAUUGAGCAAAGUGCUUUGGGUACAGUUUUCAUGUGCACGUUUGGAGGGUCUCGGCAUGCACCUGGUUCUUGUGGACGAACAUAUUUAAGUCAACGAGAUCUUCAGGCACAUGUGAAUCACAGACACUUAAAACCAGCUCCAACAUCUACAGCAGGAGCAUCUGUAUCUGCAGUUGCUCAUGUAGUUCCAGUUUCAACUGCCGUAUCAAUUGGACCUAGUCAUGUUCCAGUUUCACGAGACCCUCGUGAUCCACGAGGACAUUUACAUGUUGAUGUAUCUCAUCAGGCAAUAAUGGUGGGUCAUAUUCAGCAUCAAGAACACAGAGAAUCUGUGGACCAUACAAGAAAUCCAAAUAUACCAAUGGGUAGCCCAGCAGGACAGCCACGCCAGUAUCCUCAUUCUCCUGCAAAUUAUCCAAGUACAAUUCCAGUCAGUAGUGCCAGACCAAACCUUAUAACCGUUCCCAUACAAGAUGAUGGUGCUGGACAUUCAACUGCACCGGGACCACAUAUGCAUCCUCAGACUCAUGUACCUCAAUAUGCAACUACUGCUACUACACCUCAUCCUAUGCCAUCAAUGCAACAUCCACCAAGCAGUUAUCCGCCACAUGCAUAUCAACAUCCACAUCCUGCAACUACACCAGCUUAUUCACAAGCACCACCAAUGACAACCCAGACAUUUACCCAACCACCUCCUCCAGUUCACCAUCAACCCCCAAUUCAUGCACCAAGUGGGCCUAUUUAUUCCACACCACCUCCAGUUGUACAUCAUGCACCACCUCCCACAUAUACUCCACCAAGAGCUCCUCAACAUGCACCUCGACCCUUACCUCCUCCACAAAGAUUUCCUCCUUCUUCAGGAAGCUAUGAUGAAAAUUCCUCGUAUAUGCAACAGUGGGGUCCUGGUGGUGUACCUCCACCACCUGCUCGAACUUCACUUCCACCUAGACCAAUUCCUGCUCCACCUGCAUCUAACCCAAAUGUAGGACUCAUACAGCCAAGAGGGCCCUCUGAUCCUGGAUAUAGACAGCCUUACUACCAGUAAAACUAUAAUGAUGAAAAAUGUGUGUAAAUAAUGAACUGUUCGUAGUGUAUUUGAAAAGUUGAUUUUUAUAUGUAUAUAAGACGAUGCAGAGCAUUCUUAAAUUUGUUAAGUAUUGCUGAAAAUGGAAAAUUAAAUUUUGCAGAUUCCAAUAUUAUGAUCCUUUUCUAUGUUAAUUAUGGAGUAUUAACGUUUAGAAUUUUUUAUAAAAAGAAAAUUAAAUAGAAAUGGAUAAUGUAUUUUAUAAGUGUGUGUAUCUAUGUAUAUGCAUAAUUUGAGAAGGGAAAAAACUGAAAAUUUCAACAGUUUUAUUUUGAUUUUGUAACAAGACAACAAUUGUACAAAAUUCAAAAACAAAAAAUAUAUUUUACACUGAACAUAAUAAAAGUAAAAAUAAAACUAGCUCUUAUUUUUGUAUCACAACUUUGUCUCACUCCCUAGAUAUAUUGAAGUAAGCUAAAAAAUACAGAAUAUAUCAAUUACAUAAUGUCCAAAAUUUUGGUUUCUAUUAAAAUUAUUGAAAAUUUUCAUAUUUCAUGAUAUGUUAAUUAUCACAAAAGAGAAAAUUAUAGUCAUGUUUUGAAAUUAGCUAUCAUUCUAAAAUUCAAAUAGCUUCAAGAGCGAAGGUGGGAAGACAUAUUAUGAUAGCCAAAAAUAUUCAAUUUAUUUAGCUUAUAAUAACAGUCAAAUCUAGUUUUAAGGUAAGUGACCCAAUAAGCAAAAUGAUCUAAUAUGUAAUAUUGGACUUGGAAUGGUGUAAUAAUUAAAUUAUACAACAAUAUGAAUGGAAAUUAAAACAUUUUAAAGUUCUGUCAUUCAAUGUAUGAUUUAAUAAAAUAAUACUGUAAAUAGUAAUAUUAUUUUUAAAUGAUUUGUGCACAACAUGGGGACAGAAAUACGUUUUAAUAACUGUAAAAUAAUGAAAUUCAAGAUUAAAAUGUUUUCAACUGUAAACUCAAGCAAUACUGAUAUUACAGAUCUGCUGUUAUAUAUUAUUAAUUUAAUCAAUGUAACUGCAUACAUAUAUUUAUUUAGCCAGGAUUUAAUAUUUUCAGAUGACCUCACGAAAUUUGAUUCCAUUAACACACAAUCUACAAAAUCAGUUUGUGAAACAGAUUUACAUACUAAUUACAUACAAAAAUGUUAAAAGUAUUCAAUAAUAAAAAUUACAAAUAAAAACUCUUAAAUUUUGUACAUUAAAAAAAUAAAGAUUUAUUAAUUUUAACUUCAUCGUGCUGGAUGCCCAUUAAAGCUAAGUAAUAAAGUUGUGAUGCAGUAAGCUAUGCGUACCAGGUUUGCUAUCAUGUAUUUGUCAGGACAUCACCUACAUGACAGUUUUAAAAUUUUUCUCUUAUGUAACAUAAAAAAAAAGGUUGUUUCCUUUUAUUACAAAGGUUUCUUUGAAGGCCUGAACAGCCCUUGAACGCUUUUCCAUAAAUACAAACCAUCUUGCUUAUUAAUGAAUGUAUUACAUUAAAAAUAAAUAAAUGCAGGGCAUUAUGAUGCAUUUUGCUGCUAAAUUGAGUACUCAAAAUGCAUCAUUUUUAUUAAAAUCUAAUACUGCAACUAUAGUUGGAGAAAAGAUUUUUAAACAUGAA